CUCAAAACUGCACUAAGACUGGAGGAAGAGGGAGAGGAAAGCUUAUCAGUGUAGGUUUAGAGAUUACAAUAAUCAUAUCAGGUAUACAAAAGACUCAAGGUGAAUUCCUCACUGCUUUGAGAGCUGCACAAGGAAACAACAAGGAAAAAAAUCUUCUUGAGAAUCAGCUCAGCUGAAUUGUUUAUUCAGUGCUAAUGACUACACUGCUGGACAAACAGAAGUGAACUGAAAACUGAACCAAACCAAGCCAGAAGACUUUAGACAGAGCGCUGGACGAUGUCUGUGAACCCCAGAGUUGUUCACAAGAGGAGGGCGACAAUCACAGCUCUGCCUCUCUACUACUCUGGACACCUGCUGAAGAAACACACCGAAGACAAGGAUUUCAAGAGUUACUAUGGAGAGCUUCGCGGAGCCACGCUGUUCCUCUACACGGAUGACACACAGGAUACAUACACUGAGAAGCUGGACCUGGAGCAGCUCAAGUCCAUGGAGUUAAAUUCUCCAUAUCAGAGGAAGACGCCAACCAUCUUCACUCUCACCCUGCUCACUGAGGAGGUGCAGCUGAAGAUGGACAAUCCUGACACAGGAGAAGAGUGGAGGGGUUACAUCCUGACUGUGGUCAAAAAGCAGAUUCCCAGUAAGCUGCAGCUGCUGCCUGGCCAGAUGUUGCUGCUGCAGGAGGCUCUGGAUCAGGAGAGAAGAAGAAAUCCCCCCGUGUUGCGUCCACCUCUCCCGCCUCGACCAGCUUUCCUGCGCCCGGCCUCACCAUGCCCCUCCCCUGUACCAGCCAAAGACAAGCCAGACAACAGCAUCCUUGACAUGCCUGCGUGUUUCCUCAAUGUGUCUCGGGAAGAGGCUGAGAAGAUGUUGUGUGCGAACCCGGAAUAUGGAAGCAUCAUCCUUCGCCCAUCCACCAUGGCCAACAACUACGCCCUGACCCUCAGACAACAGACCUCCAGAGGGCAUGUCAUGAAGAACUACAGAGUGUCCUCCUCAAACUCAGGGUUUGUCAUUGAACUGGAAACAGCAGUGACAGUGUCCACCCUGAAUGAUGUACUCAAAUACUUCCUUGAAAAGACAGAGUACCGUCUUCAUCCCUAUAUGGCAUCUCAGCCCUACGAAACUCGGAUCGCAGAGCCGUCACCUGCUCCAAAGAACAUCAGCAUCACUUCACCUGCACUUAAAACAGUACCCAAGGCACAAGUGGCACCUAUGCUGCGGUCGCAAACCAAGGAGGAGUCUCUGCCCCCUCCAACCAAGCCAGCAGAGGGUGAAUACGUGGUUCCUGAUGACCACAGGCCUGAUGAACACAAACUAAAACUAGAUCAGCUGGACAGUGAGCUUCGCCAAGUUUUAAGAUUACGGAGGGAGAGCAUCCAGACUGCAAGUGGCGAGGACGAAAUGUAUGAGAAUCAACUCACUGAAAAAGCCCUCUCCUGCACAGCGCAGUGGACAAAGAGUGCGGCGGAGUGUGACUCAUGAACUAUUGUUGCUCAGUAAGAACCUCACAAGACUGCUCAUUUAAUGUGUAACUUUGAUCUUUAGCUGCUAGAUCACAAGCUUCCCAGUGGAUUAAACAUAAUUCUGCCACUUUUUGGUGCGUAUGAGGGACAAAUUAAAAGAAAGCUUGUAAGAAAAUAGAUAGAGCAAUGAUAAAUAGAUUCAGCAAUGAAUUUCAACCAUAUAGACCUCAAAUCUCUUCUCUCUCUCUCUCUCUCUCUCUCUCUGUAUGUUCGGAAGUUGCAUGAAGUUACAGCUUGCUACAUGUUCAAUAUGAAACAACGACACUACAAGACCAAGUUGAAUAUUCAUUAAGAGUCUGCAGGCACGCCAGCAGGCCUGUGAGGCUGUACUCAGGCACAGCAGUCAUUUGAGCAUGCUAACAAGCUAAUGCUGACUUUGUGACGUUCACCAACUUAGUUACAAAUGUCUCGGCAGUACAGUUAAAAGUUAUUGAGAUGUGUCCAUAAAAAAAAAAAAAACUCUCUCAUGGUAUUAGAGGAAAUGUGAGGGGAUCACCAAAACCAUUUCAAAAAAUCAUCUGUGAUCAAUGAAUGUGUGCUGAAUAUUUUUGUGCCAACUAUGUUUAGUAGAUGUUGAGGAAAAGUCAGAGGAACUCCAAAGCCAAUAUAAUUUAUCCUCUAGGGCCCGUGAAUAUCUGUAGCAAAUAUCAUGAAAACUCAUCCCUCUAGAUGUUUGGAUAUUUCAGUCUGGACUAAAGUGGUGGACAGACAGACCGCCUUUGCCAUCCCUAAAGCAAUGAUACUACCAUGGGUGACAAGCUUAUUUUUACUCAUCAAUUUGUCUCCCUUUCCAGAACAUUAAACAGCAAGAGGAAGUGUGAAAUUUUAGAAUGGGAAAACGUUUAUUUACCAAUUUACCAGCAGAUUCUAAUCAUGUGGGGAACAAAAUUUUCUCAUGGCCACAUCUGGCCUCCAGGUAGUUCGUUUGAGACACCUUCUUCAAAAGUUCAGACAAUUUGGAGAUACAAGAUUUUCACAUGGCAACAUAAAACUGAAUGUCAUCAUUGAGUCUUUAUUCUGUUCCUGAUGAAAGAUUGUUUACAAAUCACUCUAUUAGGGUGUGCAUCACUGUUAAAUCGAGCACCAAGACAUCUAAAUGACAAGAGCUUUGUGAUACCGACAACUUCAUGAACCUGAUUCAAACAGGUUAAAAUAUGAUUUCAGCUCGGGCUGCAGAUAAUAGUUAUUUCUCAAUUCACCUUUUAGUCAGAUCGUCACAUUUGAGAAGCUUGGACCAGCAAACGUUUAUUAUUUUUGAUUGAAAAGUGACUCAAAAUGUCGGAUCGAUCACCAAAACAGUUGCCAAUCAAUGACUGAACGUUGCAGCUUUGGUUUCAACUACAUGUGAUAUCCAUGUUUUAUGUCUCACAGCUUGAAAGCUUAUCAAGCCCUUCCUGUUUUUGCUCAAUAUCUGUGUUUCAAGUGUUAAAAAUUAACAGAACACAAACAUUGUGUGAACCAAU